AUGGAUCAGGAAAAUCAGCUUCUCUCAGCAAAAAUGUAUCUUGAACAGCCAAUGUUUUCUGAAAAAGGAUUCAAGGCACUUGAUUACAUAGAAAAUGAUUUUGUAUGGGCCUUUGGAUUUAUUACACCUUUGUUUGGAAUUAUCAGUGCAGAAAAUGUGACAGAA